UGAUAGAAGGGAAUUCAUUGUCUCACUGGACCUCAUGGCCGAAGCAGAAUACUGCAUGCGCAUGAUCAGAGAGGAUGUGCGGAGCUUCUGGUGAUGCUCCGACCAACAUGAGCGCAGGAGACGACUCAGACGAGGCAUUAUGAACAACCAACAACAGUGCGGGGAAGGGGAAGCGAAGGAGCCUCAACCGUUGAGGCUCACGAACUCACCAACGUUAUGGAACUAUCGCUUAAGAGAGUUGGCGAAGCAACGACAGUUACCCCAAGCUCUCACUCUCUACCGCCACAUGCUUCGCUCUGGUUGUUUCCCCAACACCUUCACUUUUCCCUUCGUUUUCAAGUGUUGUGCCGUCCUCUUGUUCCCUCGCAUUGGUUCCCAACUCCAUGCCCAUGUCAUUAGAACCGGCUGCGAACCCGAUCCUUAUAUACGAACUUCUCUCAUUUCUAUGUAUUGCAAAUGUAACUUGGUCCAAAAUGCACGCAAAGUGUUUGAUGAAGUCGGCCCAUGGAGGAACUUCACUAUUUCUUAUAAUGCUCUAAUAUCGGGAUGCACCUUCAACUCCAAAAUUUUGGAUGCCCUCGUGUUCUUUUGCCGAAUGAGGGAGGAGGGAUUAUUGGUUGAAUCGGUUACUAUGUUGGGCUUGGUGUCAGGAUGUACGGUCCCUUCCCAUUUGGGCAUUGGUAUGUGCCUUCACGGUUGUUGCAUGAAGUUUGGGUUGGACGGUGACUUAUCUGUGGCAAAUUGUUUGCUCACUAUGUAUGUCAAGUGUGGAGAGGUUGAACAUGCCCGACAACUGUUUGAUGAAAUGCAGGAGAAGAAUUUGAUUACUUGGAAUGCAAUGAUUUCUGGGUAUGCACAGAAUGGGCUUGCCAGGCAUGUUUUGGAACUUUACCGUGAGAUGAAGUCCAUUAAUAUACGUCCUGAUCAUGUAACGCUUCUUGGGGUUCUAUCUUCUUGUGCCAACCUUGGUGCACAGAGCAUUGGCUCUGAAGUAGAACGACAGAUAGAGUACUGUGGAUUUGGUUCUAAUCCGUUUUUGACAAACGCCUUAAUCAAUAUGUAUGCGAGGUGUGGGAAUUUGAUGAAGGCCCGAGCAAUUUUUGAUCGCAUUGCUGAGAAAAGUGUCAUUUCAUGGACAGCUAUGAUUGGUGGCUAUGGAAUUCAUGGACACGGAGAAAUUGCACUUAAUCUUUUUGAGGAGAUGAUCAAGUGUGGGAUUAGACCUGAUGGAACUGCUUUUGUGUCUGUUCUUUCUGCAUGCAGCCACGCAGGAUUGACUGAUGAAGGCUUAAAAUACUUCGAUGCAAUGGAGACGAAUUACGGUUUGAAGCCGGGUCCGGAGCAUUACUCUUGCUUGGUGGAUCUUUUAGGCCGGGCAGGUCGACUGAAGGAAGCUAAGGACCUUAUAAAUUCAAUGAAAGUAAAACCUGAUGGUGCGGUUUGGGGUGCCCUUUUGGGUGCUUGUAAGAUUCACAAAAACGCGGAACUGGCAGAGUUAGCCUUUGAACGAGUCAUUGAGCUGGAACCCACAAAUAUAGGUUAUUAUGUCUUAUUAUCAAAUUUAUAUUCCGAUGCCAAGAAUUUGGAGGGGGUUUUGAAAGUCCGAGUCAUGAUGAGGGAGCGAAAAUUGAAGAAGGAGCCAGGAUGUAGCUAUGUUGAAUAUAGAGGAAAAGUACAUCUUUUUCUUUCUGGUGACAAAAGUCAUCCUCAAAGUGAUGAUAUAUAUAAAAUGUUGGAUAAACUGGAAAGCCUUGUGAAGGAGAUUCAUCCAUCAGCAGAAAAUGAAGGAAGUAGGAAUGAAGAGCUCUUAACCGGCAUGGGGGUGCACAGUGAAAAGCUGGCCAUUAUGUUUGGUCUGUUAAACACUAGGCCUGGAACAGAGAUUACUGUGAUGAAGAAUCUGAGAGUGUGUGUAGAUUGCCACAUAUUUAUUAAGUUGGUUAGCAAGAUUGUCAACCGCCGAAUUGUCGUUAGAGAUGCCACUCGGUUCCAUCAUUUUAGUGAUGGAGCCUGUUCUUGCAGGGACUACUGGUAACACUAGUGCACCGUUUUCAAUUGCGAUUGCAUGGAAUGACGUCCCGUUGUUGAGGCUAACAGUUGAAGGAGCAAUCAGGUUCGGAAUGAAAAAGAAAGCCUGAGGGAGGGCGUAAAAUUUGAGCCUGGAGUUGGAGGAGGCGUGCCCAACGACUUUAUGAUCAAUUACCGGGAAGCUCGAAGCAAAAAGUGUCGCGUCUAAAUUGACUCCAAGUUACAGGUUUUUAAUAUGAUAACGUGAGAUUUGUGGGUGAUGAAAGUGCCUUUGACUUCAAAAUAUGAAAGGAAGGAUGCAGGAUCAAAUUGUACCAUUACUAAUUGACUUCAAUUUUUUUUUUUGGGAUGAUUUAAGGGAGUAAAUAAAAAAAAAAAAGAUCAUCAAUAUCAUUAUAUAUGUUAUUUAUAUAGUAUUGCACUGUUCACAAAUCAUGAAUAAUGUAAUUUUUU